GCAGGGAAGUACAUCGCGUCCACACAGCGCCCCGAUGGCACCUGGCGGAAGCAGCGGCGGGUGAAGGAGGGCUACGUGCCGCAGGAGGAGGUGCCCGUGUACGAGAACAAGUAUGUGAAAUUCUUCAAGAGCAAACCUGAGCUGCCUCCCGGGCUGAGCCCCGAGGCCAACGCGCAGCCCGGGCGGCCGGCGCCACGGGCCGAGAGCGGCGAGGUUGGGCUCUCUAAGACGGCCAAAAGGAACCUGAAGCGCAAGGAGAAGAGGAAGCAGCAGCAGGAGAAAGGGGAGAAGGACACAGAUGAACUGAUCCAGGUGCUGGAGAAGACCACACUCUCGGGGGGUGGUGCUGGGGACCGGGGCCCACCUGCUCCACCCCAGCCGCUGGCCUGCGGUGCCAAGGCCCCCGGGGACGGGGAGGCCUCAGCCGCUGUGGCGGAGAAGACGAAGAAGAUCAAAAACCUGCGGAAGAAGCUGCGGCAGGUGGAGGAGCUGCAGCAGCGUGUGGACUCUGGGGAGAUCAAGCAGCCAAGCCGGGAGCAGCUGGAGAAGCUGGCGCGGCGGAAAGCGCUGGAGGAGGAGCUCGAGGACUUGGAGCUGGACUUGUAGGGCCCCAGGGCCCAGCCCGGCCUGGCGGCGUGGGGGCAGGCUCCCCUGGCGGGUGCGGGUGCAAGGGCCUGGCGCGGCUCUCUUGGGUGCUGUCUGAUUUUUAAGAACAAUUCUCCUGCCUCUCUCUGCGCUAGAGCUGGCCCCUCUCUGACUUCUCCGUCCUGGGUUAUUGUAUUGGGGGCCGGGGGGCGGCGCCUGACCCUGCCCCCCACCCUUCCACCCCUCCAGUGUCUUGUGUUCUCGUCGCUCCGCGCCCGCCGCCUCCUUUCAUUUUUAAAACUGAUGCAAUAAUAAAAUUGCAGUAGUGACGCGGCAGCUGGA